AUGGGCUACCACACCGAGCUCCCAAACCCCACACCUCGCCCUCCCCCUCCCCUCUCCCCCCUCCUCCACCCCGCCGCAACCCUAAUCGCCCGGCCACCGCAUCAAGCUCGCCGCCGACCUCGGCCUCGCCCGCGCCCUCCUCCUCCGCCGCCGCCGACGCCGCCGCCGCGGCGUCGGCCCGCCCAUGGCUCCAAACCCUUCGAGGCCGCCGAGAUCGCCCGCCGCGCCGCCGCCGCCAACGACGACGGGGGAGAGGGGGAGAAGAGGGGGGAGGAGGUGGAGGAGGAGGGGGUGGAGGAGAGGGUGAGGGCGCUGCGGAGGCUGGUCCCGGGCGGGGAGGGGAUGGGGGUGGAGACGCUCUUCGAGGAGACCGCGGACUACAUCGAGGCGCUCCAGGGGCAGGUGAGCGCCAUGCGCGCCCUCGCGAGCUUGCUCCAUGGGUUGGAGAGGGAGGAGACCGAGAGCUCCACCACCACCACCACCACCACCACCACCACGAAUACGAUGGGUGUAUGAUUCGAGAAGCUUCUCGAUUCCUUUUCUUUUAUUCUUAUUUUUAUUUUCUAAUUUUUUUUUUUCAAAAUUUUUGUUGAAUGGUAAUUAGGUUUUGCCUUGGCUUGUGAUUAGCCUCAAAGAGCAACGCGUUAGGAUGGAAAAACAGCACCAAGAGAUAUUUUAUUCUUUUUUUUUGUCUUUUUUUU